CGCCCUUUCCCUUCCCCAAAACCGUUGAGAAGAAACCGAAAGAGGCAAGCAACGAACAGGGCGUAAACUUGCCAGGAGAGGGCGGUAGGGUUAAUUUUGAGGAGAGAAGAAACCGAAAGAGGCAAGCAACGAUGAGGGCGUAAACUUGCGAGGAGAGGGCGCCACACACACAGAGUUCCUUCUCCUGCGAGGAGAGGCCACUCGGGUUUCGGACUGGUACAAGGGGGAAGAGGAGGGGAAGAGAUGACUGAUCGGCUUACUCGAAUUGCGAUCGUGAGCUCGGAUCGGUGCAAGCCGAAGAAGUGCUCGCAACAGUGUAAAAAGAGUUGCCCUGUCGUGAAAACAGGGAAGCAAUGCAUCCAAGUAGACAAAGCCUCAAAGAUUGCUUUCAUAUCUGAGGAGUUGUGCAUCGGAUGUGGUAUUUGUGUCAAGCAAUGUCCAUUUAAGGCCAUUCAAAUUAUCAAUCUUCCAAAAGAUUUGGAUAAAGAUACAACACAUCGUUAUGGGGCGAACACCUUUAAACUGCAUAGGUUGCCAGUUCCUAGACCUGGACAGGUUCUGGGUUUGGUUGGGACAAAUGGAAUUGGAAAGUCAACUGCUCUUAAAGUAUUAGCUGGAAAGUUGAAGCCAAACUUGGGUCGUUUUAAUAAUCCACCUGAUUGGCAGGAAAUUUUGACUUAUUUUAGAGGCUCGGAGCUUCAGAAUUAUUUUACCCGUAUUCUGGAAGAUAAUCUUAAGGCAAUUAUCAAGCCUCAAUAUGUUGACCACAUACCGAAAGCAGUGCAAGGAAAUGUGGCUCAGGUGCUUGAUCAAAAGGAUGAAAAGCAUAUGAAAGCAGAGCUUUGCGACGAACUUGAGUUAAAUCAGGUUAUAGAUAGGAAUGUUGGUGAUUUAUCAGGUGGAGAGCUUCAGCGGUUUGCUAUUGCAGUGGUGGCAAUUCAGAGUGCAGAAAUAUAUAUGUUUGAUGAGCCAUCAAGUUAUCUUGAUGUGAAACAGAGGCUAAAAGCUGCACAAGUUAUUCGGUCAUUGCUUCGGCCUAAUAGCUAUGUGAUUGUCGUUGAACAUGAUCUUAGCGUCCUAGAUUACCUUUCGGACUUCAUUUGUUGUCUCUAUGGGAAGCCAGGGGCUUACGGGGUUGUAACACUUCCUUUCUCUGUUAGAGAAGGUAUUAACAUAUUCUUAGCAGGAUUUGUUCCAACUGAAAAUCUUCGGUUUCGUGACGACUCUCUUACUUUUAAGGUUGCAGAGACAGCACAGGAAAGUGCUGAAGAGAUACAAACUUAUGCAAGAUAUAAAUAUCCAACCAUGACAAAAACACAGAGAAAUUUUAAACUUCGUGUUGUUGAGGGUGAAUUUACAUACUCCCAGAUUAUUAUAAUGCUGGGGGAGAAUGGGACUGAGAAGACCACAUUUAUCCGAAUGCUGGCUCAUCUUUUGAAACGUGACUCAGUGGAGGGCUCGGAGUUGGAAAUACCUGAGUUCAAUGUUUCUUACAAACCACAAAAUAUAUGUCCAAAGUUCCAGUCAACUGUUCGCGACUUGCUGCAUGAAAAAAUCCCAGAUUCUUAUAUGCAUCCCCAAUUUGUGUUGGAUGUCAUGAAGCCGCUCCAAAUACCACAGUUAAUGGACCAAAAGGUCAUUAAUCUUUUUGGUGGAGAAAUGCAGAGAGUAGCGUUAUGUCUAUGUCUUGGCAAGAGUGCAGAAAUAUAUAUGUUUGAUGAGCCAUCAAGUUAUCUUGAUGUGAAACAGAGGCUAAAAGCUGCACAAGUUAUUCGGUCAUUGCUUCGGCCUAACAGCUAUGUGAUUGUUGUUGAACAUGAUCUUAGCAUCCUAGAUUACCUUUCGGACUUCAUUUGCUGUCUCUAUGGGAAGCCAGGGGCUUACGGGGUUGUAACACUUCCUUUCUCUGUUAGAGAAGGUAUUAACAUAUUCUUAGCAGGAUUUGUUCCAACUGAAAAUCUUCGGUUUCGUGACGACUCUCUUACUUUUAAGGUUGCAGAGACAACACAGGAAAGUGCUGAAGAGAUACAUACUUAUGCAAGAUAUAAAUAUCCAACCAUGACAAAAACACAGGGAAAUUUUAAACUUCGUAUUGUUGAGGGUGAAUUUACUGACUCCCAGAUUAUUGUAAUGCUGGGGGAGAAUGGGACUGGGAAGACCACAUUUAUCCGAAUGCUGGCUGGUCUUUUGAAACCUGACUCAGUGGAGGGCUCAGAGUUCGAAAUACCUGAGUUCAAUGUUUCUUACAAACCACAAAAAAUAAGUCCAAAGUUCCAGUUAACUGUUCGCGACUUGCUGCAUGAAAAAAUCCCAGAUUCUUAUAUGCAUCCCCAAUUUGUGUCAGAUGUCAGGAAGCCGCUCCAAAUAGAACAGUUAAUGGACCAAAAGGUCAUUAAUCUUUCUGGUGGAGAACUGCAGAGAGUAGCGUUAUGUAUAUGUCUUGGCAAGCCUGCGGAUAUUUAUCUGAUUGAUGAGCCAAGUGCGUACCUGGACUCAGAGCAGCGUAUAGUGGCUUCUAAAGUCAUAAAGCGAUUCAUCCUUCAUGCUAAGAAGACUGCGUUUGUGGUGGAGCAUGACUUUAUAAUGGCAACAUACCUUGCUGAUCGAGUUAUUGUUUACGAGGGGAUACCAUCCUUGGAUUGUGUUGCUAAUGCUCCCCAGUCCCUCUUGACAGGGAUGAAUCUUUUCUUGUCGCAUUUGGACAUUACUUUUAGAAGAGAUCCGACCAACUAUAGGCCCCGCAUAAACAAGCUUGAUUCUACUAAAGACAGGGAACAGAAGGCUGCUGGUUCCUAUUACUACUUGGAUGAUUGAAGCAGCUCCCUCUGCUGGUUCCUAUUACUACCUGGAUGAUUGAAGCAGCUCCCUUUGCAGGUUUCAGGGUGCCCAUCUGGGAUUCUAGUGGCAGAUUUAACUCUGCUGGCUAUAUACCUUGUUGAAGCGUCAUUUGGUGAUGGUGAUGAUGCAGUCUGCUCGACAAAGAGGCCUAAUUGAAGUAUUCUUGAUGUUCAGUUUUUCCAGAGUUCCAUAGCAACAAAUGCUACAUUAUGUCCCAUGCUUAAGUGCAGGGGCAGUUAAUGAGUUUUGGUCGGUGAAUAAGUUGAAAUUAGAAUGGUCCAUUUGACAAUCAUAUGUGAUGCUUGAAAAUUCUUGUUGUGAAUUUGUAGCUUUCCCAUUGCAUGAAUUGACAGAGAGAGAGCAUCUAGCGGCUGAAGUCUAUGGUGUUAAGCGUUUCAUGCUACUGAUAAAUUGGAGCCUGCUAAAUCAAUCACUAAUGAUGACAUCUCUUCCUACAAAAAUGUGAAGAAUAUUACAGAUCAUAAUAAGAACCACUCCAUCUUCAAGAAAUAGCCUGCGCAGAUCUUCAAAGCUGGUGGUUUCAUCAGCUGUGCUUGCCUGCUGCGUCCGUUGAGGGUGAAAAAGCAAUAUCCCUAUCAAAGGCUAAACCUACGAAAACUAUCAUUCGAGGUAUCAGUCACGAAGUUCUCCCUUGCACACUCUCUCUUCAUUUUUAAAGAGAGAGAGAAAGAGAUGAUAGCCAAUAGGAAAACAAAAAGCUGCAGGAUCACGGAUUCAACGGUUAUGGUUAAUAUGUUUAUACCAGAUCAGGGUAAGCAUACUGUACCACUGUGCUGAAGAGAACAACAAUGACGGUGCUUGUGAUCAUGAGCAUUACCGGGAACCGAAGUCGAUGCUGAUGUUGUAAACUGACAAAAAGCAGCUAGUUAAGGAACUUCAGAUAAUCCUGCUGGAUCGAGAAGAACAUAACCAAGCGCGAUUCUGAUCUCCACGUACGUGGUUGUAUGACAAAGCCAUGGUGACGGCACCUCUGAUAUGGCCAGCCCACUAGAUUGAUAUGUGUCCUAUAGUUGGGUAUAUUUUUUGUAGGGCAGUGGAGCUUUUGUUUCCU